AUGCAGACCACCACCUGCCGUACACAGGAACCACCCCGUCAGACCACCACCCCAUGCACAGGACCACCACCCGCCGUACACGACCACCACCCGCCGUACACAGGACCACCCACCUGUCGUACACAGACCACCACCUGCCGUACACGAGACCACCACCCGCCGUACACAGAGACCACCACCCGCCGUACACAGGACCACCAACCGCCGUACACGAGACCACCACCUGCCGUACACGAGACCACCACCUGCCGUACACAGGACCACCACCUGCCGUACGAGACCACCACCCGCCGUACACAAGACCACCACCCGCCGUACACGAGACCACCACCUGCCGUGCACAAGACCACCACCCCGUACAGGACCACCACCGCCGUCGAACCACCCGCCUGA